GCCAAAGUGGAUGAUGCUGUCAGGCUGACCCACUGAUCAGAGUCUGAAAACUUCCCAUCUUCGCAUUUGCCAUCAGUUGAGAUAAGAUGGAAGACUGUUACAAGGAUAGGACUUCACUGAUGAAGGGCGCCAAGGACAUUGCCCGGGAGGUGAAGAAACAAACUGUAAAGAAGGUGAACCAGGCAGUGGACCGGGCCCAAGAUGAAUACACCCAGCGGUCCUAUAGUCGGUUCCAAGAUGAAGAAGAGGAUGAUGACUAUUACCCACCUGGAGAGACCUAUAAUGGGGAGGCCAAUGAUGAUGAAGGCUCCAGUGAAGCUACCGAGGGCCAUGAUGAAGAUGAUGAAAUCUAUGAAGGGGAGUAUCAGGGCAUCCCCAGUAUGAACCAAGGGAAGGACAGCAUUGUGUCAGUGGGGCAGCCUAAGGGCGAUGUGCACAAGGACCGCCAGGAGCUGGAGUCAGAGAGGAAAGCUGAUGAGGAAGAACGCCAGCAGUAUGAGCUGAUAAUCCAAGAGUGUGGUCACGGCCGUUUCCAGUGGGCCCUUUUCUUUGUGCUGGGCAUGGCCCUUAUGGCGGAUGGUGUGGAGGUGUUUGUUGUUGGCUUCGUGUUGCCCAGCGCUGAGACAGACCUGUGCAUUCCAAAUUCAGGAUCCGGAUGGCUAGGCAGCAUAGUGUACCUCGGGAUGAUGGCAGGGGCUUUCUUCUGGGGAGGACUGGCAGACAAAGUGGGGAGGAAGCAGUCUCUUUUGAUCUGCAUGUCUAUCAACGGAUUUUUUGCCUUCCUUUCAUCCUUUGUCCAAGGUUAUGGAUUUUUUCUCUUCUGUCGCUUACUUUCUGGAUUCGGGAUUGGAGGAGCCAUUCCCACUGUGUUCUCCUACUUUGCUGAAGUGCUGGCCCGAGAGAAGCGGGGUGAGCAUCUGAGCUGGCUCUGCAUGUUCUGGAUGAUUGGUGGGAUCUACGCCUCUGCCAUGGCUUGGGCUAUCAUCCCGCAUUACGGAUGGAGCUUCAGCAUGGGAUCAGCCUACCAGUUUCAUAGUUGGCGUGUGUUCGUGAUAGUCUGUGCGCUCCCCUGUGUCUCCUCAGUGGUGGCCCUCACAUUCAUGCCUGAAAGCCCACGGUUCUUGUUAGAGGUUGGAAAACAUGAUGAAGCUUGGAUGAUUCUGAAGUUAAUUCAUGAUACAAACAUGAGAGCGCGGGGUCAGCCUGAGAAAGUAUUCUCGGUAAACAGAAUCAAAACCCCAAAACAAAUAGAUGAACUGAUUGAAAUUGAGAGUGACACAGGAACAUGGUACCGGAGGUGUUUUGUUCGGAUCCGGACAGAACUCUACGGAAUUUGGUUGACUUUUAUGAGAUGUUUCAACUACCCAGUCAGGGAUAAUACAAUAAAGCUUACAAUUGUUUGGUUCACCCUGUCCUUUGGAUACUAUGGAUUAUCUGUUUGGUUCCCUGAUGUCAUUAAACAUCUGCAGUCGAAUGUGUUGCCAAUCGAAAAGAUAGAGAGAGAAAAAUUUUCAAAUUUCACUGUUAACUUGACAAUAGCAAAUGAGUUGCAUAUUGGAGCGGAAUACGACAAUGGCAGAUUUCUAGGGAUCAAGUUCAAAUCCGUAACUUUCAAAGAUUCAGUUUUUAAGGACUGCACCUUUAAGGAUGUGACUUCAGUCAACACCUACUUCAAGAACUGCACAUUUAUUGACACUGUUUUUGAUAACACAGAUUUUGAGCCAUAUAAAUUCAUUGAUAGCGAAUUUCACAACUGCUUGUUUUUUCACAACAAGACGGGAUGCCAGAUUACCUUUGAUGAUGACUAUAGUGCCUACUGGAUUUACUUUGUCAACUUCCUGGGGACACUGGCAGUGUUGCCAGGGAACAUCGUGUCUGCUCUCCUGAUGGACAGAAUUGGGCGCUUAACGAUGCUGGGUGGUUCUAUGGUGCUUUCAGGGAUCAGCUGUUUCUUCCUUUGGUUGGGCAGCAGUGAAUCCAUGAUGGUAGGCGUGCUGUGUCUGUACAAUGGAUUGACCAUCUCGGCCUGGAACUCUCUUGAUGUGGUCACUGUGGAACUGUACCCCACAGACCGGAGGGCAACAGGCUUUGGCUUCUUGAACGCACUGUGCAAAGCAGCGGCCGUCCUUGGAAACUUAAUAUUCGGCUCCCUGGUCAGCUUCACCAAAUCAAUCCCCAUCCUGCUGGCCUCCACUGUGCUCGUGUGUGGAGGACUGGUGGGGUUGCGCCUGCCUGACACACGAACCCAGGUCCUGAUGUAAUGGGAAAAAAGCCAUCCAUCCUGCGUUUCUUUCUCCUGCCCUGUGUCAACACUCCUGACUCAAGGCUUCAGAUUUUUCAGAUACCAAAAUGUGGUGAAAUAUCAGAACACUAACCCUUGCCAUCACUAAAAUUUAUUUGCAUCCCAUCCUGCCCCUUGUAUGUGAUUUUGCAGUUUUGUUCAUGCGUUGCUAUCUUUCCUGACUGGGAUGCUACCAGUGGAAGCAUUUUUUAAGUGCCCUCGUCAGCCAGGCCUCCCUGAGAUUCUGAUCACUGAAGGGUGAGAAGCCUUCGCUGCCCUACGAAAUAGAUCCUCCUUCUAAUUUAACAUCCACAGGAAAUAGAAGUUGGCAUAUUGUUGCAUUUGUGCUGAGGAGAGGGAUUCUUUUUUUUUUUUUUUUUCAAUCAGAGUGAUAUUUCCUGUUUACUUAGCAAAGGACACCCAGCAAUUCUUGCUGUUCUAGCAGGGCCUUUCAAAGAAAACCAUGUGGCCCCAAACGGAGCUGGGUGGGGCUCUUUCAGGCAUGACAGUGAAGGUGACUCUGCUGACAAGAGAAAUAAAGGCCAUGCCGUUAGCAGCAAAGAUCUCAGUGAACUAACUACACAAGCAGGAUGUCUGCCUAGUUAAAGUCCUGAAAAAUAUGCGGAGAAGGAACCGCAGUACUGUCAGUGGUUAUGGUCCAGGACGUUAGACAGAGGUCAGAGACAGAUCUUCUGCCUCUGUUUACCCCCAUCUCCUCCUUGCCCCCGCCCCAGCUGCCCUGUAUUUUGCCAGAUAGCAUAUGCAAAGAGAGAACGCCACUUUCUACAAAACUGGAUCUGCCUGCCCGAUUCUGCCAUUUAUUCACACUGUCUCCACUGUAGAGAUUCACCCCUAGAGCCAUUUGGAAAUGCAAAAUGAUGUACCGCUUUUCUGAAGGACAGUGCCCACCCCCCACCCCCACUACCACCUCCCAGUUGACAGUGGGCUUUCUAGCUGGCAGCACGGACAGAAGUGGGUCUUCUUCCUCGAGCUUCCGCUGGCCAUUGUGUUCCCAGCCGCCGCUCUGUGCGGAGUCCCAGCCUGCUUAGUCCACGGGGCCCCCUCUUGCAGACAUGGGCAGCAUCUCCUGGUGGUCUGGGGCUGCUCCUUUCACCGCUGGAAUCUGCCUGGGCCUGGAAGACAGAGGUCCGCAGGACAUUCCCACGGGCUCUCAGCUAUGUGACCUUCUCACCCCUCGGGGCUGCCCCUCCUCCAAGCUUGUCCUUUUUACCCAUCUUCUUUGAAAUCCGAAGCCUCCUGGUAGACUCACAGCAGAGACCAGCAGCCAGGAAUAAAUCCCAUAUUAAAACAA